GACUGAGUCAGGUAGAAGAGUCGAUAAAACCACCUGAUCGAGGAACAGGAAGGCACUGCGGAGCGCAGAGUGAGAACCACCAGCCUCCAGGCGCCGGGCAGCGACCCCUGCAGCGGCGGAAGGCGCGUCGGCCCGGCCCGGCCAUGCCUGCGCUCUGGCUCAGCUGCUGCCUCUGCCUCUCGCUGCUCCUGCCUGCCGCCCGGGCCACCUCCAGGAGGGAAGUCUGUGAUUGCAACGGGAAGUCCCAGCAAUGCAUCUUUGAUCCGGAACUUCACAGGCGGACCGGGAACGGAUUCCGCUGCCUCCACUGCAACGACAACACCGCAGGCGCUCACUGCGAGCGAUGCAAGGAGGGGUUUUACCAGCAGAGAGAGAGAGACCGCUGUUUACCCUGCAACUGUAACUCCAAAGGCUCUCUUAGCCCUCGAUGUGACAACUCCGGACGGUGCAGCUGUAAGCCGGGUGUGACAGGAGACAGGUGUGACCAAUGUCUGCCAGGCUUCCACACACUCACGGACGCCGGCUGCACCCAGGACCAAAGGCUACUAGACCCCAAGUGUGACUGUGACCCAGCUGGCACCUCGGGGCCCUGUGACGUGAGCCGCUGUGUCUGCAAGCCGGCGGUCACGGGAGAGCGCUGUGAUAGGUGUCGACCAGGCUACUAUCACCUGGAUGGCGGGAACCCCGAGGGCUGUACGCAGUGCUUUUGCUACGGGCACUCAGCGAGUUGCCACAGCUCUGGGGACUACAGUGUCCACAGGAUCACCUCAGACUUCCACCAAGAUGUGGACGGCUGGAAGGCUGUCCAAAGAAAUGGGUCUCCUACAAAGCUCCACUGGUCCCAGCGCCACCGGGACGUGUUCAGCUCGUCACGACAUUUGGACCCUGUCUACUUUGUAGCUCCUGCCAAAUUUCUUGGGAAUCAACAAGUGAGCUACGGACAAACCCUGUCCUUUGACUACCGCGUGGACAGGGGAGGGAGACACCCAUCGGCCCACGACGUGAUCCUGGAAGGUGCUGGUCUACGGAUCACGGCCCCCUUGAUGCCACUUGGCAAGACACUGCCUUGUGGGAUCGCCAAGACUUACACGUUCAGAUUGAGUGAGCACCCAAGCAGCCCCUGGAGCCCCCAGCUGAGUUACUUUGAGUACCGGAGGCUGCUGCGCAACCUCACCGCCCUGCGGAUCCGCGCCACCUACGGGGAGUACAGCACCGGGUACAUCGACAACGUGACCCUGGUUUCAGCCCGCCCCGUCUCUGGAGCCCCGGCACCCUGGGUCGAACAGUGCGUGUGUCCCGUUGGGUACAAGGGGCAGUUCUGCCAGGACUGUGCUUCUGGCUACAAAAGAGACUCGGCCAGACUGGGACCCUUUGGCACCUGUAUUCCGUGUAACUGCCAAGGGGGAGGGACCUGCGAUCCAGACACAGGAGACUGUUACUCGGGGGAUGAAAAUCCUGAUGUGGAGUGUGCCGACUGCCCCCUCGGUUUCUACAACGACCCGCACGACCCCCGGAGCUGCAAGCCGUGUCCCUGUCGCAACGGGUUCAGCUGCUCGGUGAUGCCCGAGACGGAGGAGGUCGUGUGCAAUAACUGCCCGCUCGGGGUCACCGGUGCCCGCUGCGAGCUCUGUGCGGACGGCUACUUCGGGGACCCCUUUGGGGAACGUGGCCCCGUGAGGCCUUGUCAGCCCUGCCAGUGUAACAACAACGUGGACCCCAGUGCCUCCGGAAACUGCGACCGCCUGACAGGCCGGUGCCUCCAGUGCAUCCACAACACGGCCGGAGUCUACUGCGAGCAGUGCAAAGCGGGCUACUUCGGGGACGCCCUGGCUCCCAACCCAGAGGACAAGUGUCGAGCUUGCAACUGUAACCCGGCGGGCUCUGAGCAUGUGGAGUGUCGCAGUGACGGCAGCUGCGUUUGCAAGCCGGGAUUUGGUGGCCUCCACUGUGACCAGGCGGCGCUCACCAGCUGUCCAGCUUGCUACGAUCAAGUGAAGGGUCAGAUGGACCAGUUUGCACAGCAGCUGCGGAGCCUGGAGGCGCUGGUGGCGAAGGCGGCGGCGGGUGGCGGAGGAGCGGCCAACGCGGAGCUGGAAGGCAGGAUGCAGCAGGCUGAGCAGGCGCUCCGGGACAUUCUCAGAGAGGCCCAGAUUUCGGAAGGUGUGAUGAGGUCUCUCAAUCUCCAGCUGACCAAGGCAAGGAGCCAAGAAAACAGCUACCGCAACCGCCUGGAUGAGCUCAAGAGGACUGUGGAAAGGGUUCAGGCCCUGGGCAGCCAGUACCAGAGCCGAGUUCAGGACACUCGUAGGCUCGUCACGCAGCUGCGCCUGAGCCUGGAGGAGGGCGAGUCUUCCCUGCGGAACACGAACAUCCCUCCGCCAGACCACUACGUGGGCCCAAACAGCUUUCAAAGCCUGGCUCAGGAGGCCAUGAGAUUGGCAGACGGCCAUGAGGAGUCAGCCAAUACUAUGGAGCGACUGGCAGGGGAAACCGAAGAUUAUUCCAAACGAGCUCUCUCACUGGUGCGCAAGGCCCUUCAGGAGGGAGGCGGUGGCAGCGGCGGCAGCGGCGGCCUGGAUGGCCCCAUGGUGCAGGGGCUGAUGCGAAAACUGGAGAAAACCAAGUCUCUGGCCCAGCAGCUGUCCGGCGAGGCCGCUCACACGGACAGUGAAGCGGAGAGGUCUCACCGACACAGUCUCCGCCUCCUGCAUUCCGCGUCUCAGCUCCAGGGGGUCGGUGACCAGUCCUUGCAGGUAGAAGCAAAGAGGAUCAGACAAAAAGCUGAUUCCCUCUCCAGCCUGGUGACGAAGCAUAUGGACGAAUUCAAGCGUAUGCAAAGCAACCUGGGAAACUGGGAAGAAGAAACCCGACUGCUCUUACAGAAAGGAAAGAAUGAGAGACAGAACUCGGCUCAGCUACUUUCUCGUGCCAACCUUGCUAAAAGAAGAGCCCAGGAAGCACUAAGUAUGGGCAAUGCCACUUUUUAUGAAGUUGAGAACAUCUUGAAGAACCUCAGAGAGUUUGACCUGCAGGUUGGAGACAGGAGAGCAGAGGCCGAAGAGGCCAUGAAGAGACUGUCCCACAUCAGCCAGAAGGUUGCAGACGCCAGUAAGAAGACUGAGCGAGCAGAAGCAGCCCUGGGUGGUGCAGCUGCUGACGCCCAGGGGGCAAAGGACGCGGCCCGGGAGGCCCUGGAGAUCACCGGCAAGAUAGAGCAGGAGAUCGGGAGUCUGAACUUGGACGCCAAUGUGACAGCAGAUGGAGCCUUGGACAUGGAGAAGGGACUGGCCACUCUGAAGAGUGAGCUGAGGGAAGUGGAAGGAGAGCUGGCCAGGAAGGAGCGCGAGUUCGACGUGGACGUGGACAUGGUGCAGAAGGUGAUUUCAGAAGCUCAAAGGGUUGACAACAGAGCCAAGAACACUGGAGUUACGAUCCAAGACACGCUCGACACCUUGGACAGCAUCCUACACAUAAUAGACCAGCCCGGCAGUGUGAAUGAAGAGGGGCUGAUUUUAUUGGAGCAGAAGCUCUCCAGAGCCAAGACCCAGAUCAACAGCCAGCUGCGGCCCCUGAUGUCAGAGCUGGAAGAGAGGGCGCGCCGACAGAGGGGCCACCUCCAUGUGCUGGAGACCAGCAUAGAUGGGAUUCUGGCUGACGUAAAGAAUUUGGAGAACAUCAGGGACAACCUGCCCCCAGGCUGCUACAACACCCAGGCGCUUGAGCAACACUGAGGCUGCCGUACAGAUUUCUCAACAGAGGUUCUUGGGGUACAGACCCCGUGGCUCAGGAGCUCUCUCACGCGGGUGGGGUGGGACGUGGACAUUGGAACAUGUUGCACAGGCGUGCUCAGGUCAACUGAAACUGAUCCCACGCCCGAGACCCUGGCCAGACAGAUGUCUCGUUGCUCCAAAGGGAUGCUAUUUGCUUCUUGGUGCUGGGCAACGAGGCAAAUAGCAUUGAGUUGGAGGCCGAUCAAGGGCCCGGACCCCAAGGGAUAGAUUGGGUGGAAGGACAAAGUCUCCGGGCAGAUGAUUGCUGCAGGAUAGCCACGAACCGAGUCCUGGAGUAUGGACAAGUGCUGCCGUGUGACAGCUCAUUCUUUGAGUCAUGUGACCAAAGGAAAAUGUUUUAAUAUUGUUCACGCACAAAAUUCUUCCCCAUGUCAGCAGAGAGUGAAGUCAAGUCCCCCCAUGGCCAGUAAAAUACUAUUGACACACAAUGUCCAGUGUUCCCGUUAGGCAGCGUUCCUUCCACUUGCACCCAGUACCUAAACACACGCUCCCUUUAAAGCUGGAAGGAGUGAGCAGUGAGGGAGCGAGGAGCUGCAUGGCCCAUUGGAGCCGCGGUGCCCGCUGGCGCCCUGCUGCCUUCGAGCUCUCCUGGGCCCCAGAGGGACGUCCUGCCCCUGGGGAUGCCACGGCGUCAUCCCUCCAGCAUUCUCUCCCGGCCCAGCGACCACUGGGAACUCACUUUUGGGUUUCCAAGUGGUAGAAAAUGUGGCUUGGGCCAUGAAAGAAGUACAGUAUUGUCUAGAAGAUUUAUUAGUCCAAAUUCAGUCCCACUUUUCAAACACUCAAAACUAUUUGCCGCCAUGUGUUUUAUCUCAUCCUCUCUCUCGCCCUAUGGAAGAGAAUGUUUCUGCUCACACUUGAGCUGGGCAGAAUCUCAUCCUUCCGUUCUUCCUUCCAUCCAUCCAUCCAUCCAUCCAUCCUUACAUAUAUUUAUUGAGUACCCCCUGUGUGACAGGGGUUGGGGGACAGUGGUGACAUAGGGUCUGCCCUCACAGAGUUGAUUGUCCAGUGAGGAAGACACACAUUAAAAAAUGACAUUUUAACUUACAAUUCCUGGUCAUCACACAUGGUGUUUAUUGCAAACCCGCUGGUCUGCAACCUCUGUUCUCAACAGAACAUAUGUUGCAAGACACUCCCGUGGGUGCAGUUGGGUCUUGGCAAAGCUGAGACGGCUUCUGGGCUGUGCACACGUCUUUGCAUUCCAGCGGUCACUCUGCCCCUUUCCACAACCUAUUGCAACAGACUCUUGAGUCAUGGUAAGGCCAGUGGGGAUUGCUGGGAAGACCAGAGGCACUCCCCCACCCCCCGCACCCCCGCCCACCCCCAGCUAGGAAAGCUGGAGUUCCACCUCAUCCCCUGUGCAUCCUCAGCUUUUCGUGGACAUGUUUCAAGUAAAAAUAAUUCCUAGAUGCCUGUGGUCAGUAUCUAAUCUGUUAAACCUGAAGCCUGAGGUGGAGGUUCCAGAACAGCGGGAACGAAAAUGCCACGGAAGGAGCAGGGUGUCCUAGAGUUAGCAUUUUCAAUCCUUUUGCUGAGCAACUGGCCUGGCCCCCUGCAACCCUGAGAGAACCUUUUGAGAUGUAAUUGGUGCUGUCUCCUAGGCAUGAAGGAGGACUUAUUUCUGGAACGCCCUGAGCAAGGUGGCGGUUAUAAUGAAUAUUGUUGUCUUUUUUAUCAGCUAUAAAAUAAAAGGAAAAAAAUCA